CUUCCCCUCUCUCUGCGGCUGCUGGAGAAGAAAGAGCCUUGAGAAAGAGAACCGAAUCCUUUCCUAAACAUUCACGCCUAAACUCUCUCUCUCUCUCUCUCUCUCUCUCUUAAAUUUUUUUUUUAAAAAAAAAACUGCAAUUCCAUACAACAAACCCAGUAACGCCAAGUUUCAUCAACCGAUUGAUUCAUUUUUCAAUGUCUCCAGAUGCCUUCUCUCCCCUUCAAUGCUCUUAAAUCACCACACCCUUCAACACCCUCAGUACAGCUCUGAGAGAAAAAACCCAUUGGAACAAGGAAAAGCAGAGUUUUCUACAGAGAGAAAGAUUAAAAAAAAAACAGAGCAAGUGAAGAAAAACAGAGCUUUUUCUUCAUGGGUUCUCUCAGUGAAGGUGAGAACUUGCUAAAACCCACUUGGGUGCACGGUCCUGUCAUCGUAGGAGCAGGCCCUUCUGGCCUUGCAGUCGCUGCUUGUCUGGAAAAGAGCGGCAUCCCGUCGAUCGUGCUUGAGAAAACCAACUGCAUAUCUUCUCUCUGGCAACAACGGACCUACGACCGCUUGAAUCUCCACCUACCCAAGCAGUUCUGCGAGCUACCGUUAAUGGGUUUUCCCAAGGACUUCCCAAAGUACCCCUCAAAGCGCCAAUUCAUCAAGUACAUGGAGUCCUACGCUACGGAAUUCUCCAUCAAGCCAAAGUUCGAGCAGUCGGUCCGGAGCGCCGAGUUCGAUUCGGCUUGUGGGUUGUGGAGGAUUCGAACCCAAGACGUCGAGUACAUGUCUCGGUGGCUCAUUGUCGCAACGGGAGAGAAUGCCCAGCCUGUAAUUCCUGAAAUUACAGGGAUUGAGAAGUUCCAUGGCCCUGUUCUUCACACCAGAGUGUAUAAGUCAGGUGCUGAUUUCAGCCAGCAGAAGGUUUUGGUGGUGGGGUGUGGGAAUUCUGGUAUGGAAGUUAGCUUGGAUCUUUGUGGUCACAAUGCCAACCCUCAUAUGGUGGCUAGAAACACUGUGCAUAUUCUACCAAGAGAGAUGUUUGGCAUAUCCACAUUCAGAAUAGCAAUGGCUCUUCUCAAAUGGUUCCCUUUAAGACUUGUGGACCGGUUCCUCUUGCUAGUGGCUCAUUUCACCCUUGGAAAUACAGACCGGUUCGGUCUCCGAAGGCCCAAAACCGGCCCAAUCGAGCUCAAGAACACGACGGGCAAGACCCCGGUUUUGGACGUUGGCGCUUUAGCCAAAAUAAAAUCCGGAAAAAUCAAGGUGAUGGAAGGGGUGAAAGAGAUAACAAGGAGAGGAGCGAAAUUCGUUGAUGGUCAGGAAAAGGAGUUCGAUUCUAUAAUACUAGCAACGGGUUACAAGAGCAACGUUCCAUCAUGGCUCAAGGGCACGGAUUUCUUUACACCGCAAGGCAUGCCGAAAACCCCAUUCCCCGACGGUUGGAAAGGUGAGAAUGGGUUAUAUAGCGUGGGGUUUACGAUGCGAGGGCUCUUGGGUGCGUCCUUAGACGCAAUGAAAAUUGCCGAAGACAUAGGCCUGCAAUGGAAGAAAACAAGCAAGGACACUCACAAUCUCAACAGUACCCAUCUUGUCCUAUGUACAAAUUCUCACCGUAGAUCAUGAAAGAUUGGUCCUUCUCUUUUGUCCUUUUUCCAGGGGGUUUUGGUGAAAAACUCUUCUUGGGUCUUCAUCAUUUCCUUGUGGCUGGGAGCAGAUGUGGAGGGCUUGUGCUCUGUAUAUUACCCAAUUUUGCAUGGGUUCUUCUU